GACUGACACGCAAGUAAACUUCCUUCAUAGUUCUGGGCUGACGGCGGUGGCAAUGUGACAUUUCAGUCUUUGGAACGCUUGGCUAGCUUUUUCGAAUUGCCAGUGCCGUAACGUUGCAUUUUUGAGCCAACGGCGAAUUUGUUAAAUCUGUCAGGACAUGAUCAAACAUGCAAAUGAGAAGUUUGGGAUUGAGCAGAAUGUGGUUUUACUACAGUUCAGCUUCGGCUCCAAGUAGACGAUACGGCAGGUUGGUCACUUCGUCAUUUUCAGUCCCAGAAUAUCUGCCCCACCCCGGGGCUGUUCCCAAAGGGACCUUGCCCCAGUGUUGUAAGAAACCGCCACCGUACGGUCAGUCAUUCAUAACUAUUUCUUAACUAAUCACAUGAUUUACUGUAUCCACGCACAACACAAAUGGCAUUUAACGUUGCAUUAAUUGGAGCGACGUUUCCCAUUUCUGUGUAAAAGUGAAACAGAAGGUCAUUUCCACUCAGUUGACAGUCAUAUGCAGAUUCGGUGAAGGCUGGAUGGAUUUUCAGUGAGAAAGUUACACAUGGCGGUAAAGAUAACCUUUACCAAGUUCGACUUUGCGUGGACCCUGGCUGGUUUCUCGCUGUACUUCGCUGACGUUGGGACCGAUCUUUGGGUUGCUGCGGUGUAUUUCAACGACAAUGAAUUUACCAGGUUUGCUCUGGUUCUGGCGGUGAUAUUGCUUUCCGCGCUGGUGCUUCAGAGCUUCAGCUGGAGUUGGUAUCAGUAUGACAGGGAAAUUCUGCAGCAGCGGGACAAUUCCGAAAUACAGCAUUCCCACUAUCAAAGCUGUGGCAGCCGCUGUUCCUGGCUGUGUGUGCUCCAUAUCUUUCAGCUGGGGAUGCCAGUAAGGUUCUGCAAAGCACUUCUGCUUGGAUACAAAGCAGCAUUUAAACAAGGAGACACUGAGACUGCCAUCUAUGCACUGACUGACUUGAGCAUGUUACGAUUAUUUGAGGCAUUUUUGGAAGCCGCACCUCAACUGAUUCUUCAGACCUUCAUUCUCCUGCAGUCCAAAGACAGUGAUUUUAUUCAGUAUGGAUCUGUGAUUGUAUCGUUUAUGAGCAUUUCAUGGGCGACUUUGGAUUACUACGCAGCACUGAAAAGAUCUUUGCCCAAUCCAAAUCUAACUUGUGGAUUCCCCUAUGUGUUUUACUUUCUUUAUAAGCUGUUGACAAUUAGUGCCACGAUUUUGACCAUAACUCUACUGGCUACUCUACACAUCUUAGCUGUUGCUGCUUACUUACUACUUCUGUGGUCAGUCAUGAUGGUCUAUGUCGUGAGACAGAAGACUGCAUUUUGUAAAUCCAAAUGUCAAGAAAUUAUUUAUAGAAUGGUCAUUGGUAUCAUCUUAAUUUUCACCUUUUUCAAUAUAAAAGGUCAGAAAAUAAGAUGGGCUUUGAUUCUGUAUUAUAUAUUUAAAGUCUUUAAAACUAUUGUCAUAAUAAUUUUAUGUUGGAUACUGAAGGGUUCUUCACUUGACAAAGGCAACGAUUUAUCAAUUAGCAUAAGUAUAAUGCUAGCAUUAAUUAUCGGGAUUGUUUGCGUUGUGAUGUACUAUAGAUGUUUUCACCCUCAAGUUUAUUCAAAGGCUGCAACUGAUGAAGACUGUAAUAAUUCUCACACCGAAUCACAAUUACCUGCACCUCAAGAUGAAGUUGAUGGAUUCCUGCCUCAAAAUUCAACAGUUACACCUAACAAUGUGGGCGAAAAUAGGGAUGUAAUUCACUCAUCAGUCUCUCAAUCCCAAAAUGUGAACAGUAGAAUCAUGUAUUGUUUAACAGAAUAAUUAAAUGAGGAUUGGGCAUAGUCUGAAUUAACACUUUCCAUGGAUGGGGAGCAUUAUAAUGUGGGACUUGAAAGGAUCCUUUUUUUAAUGCACAUUCCAUAAGUGGUGGUUAUUGUUCACAGUCGGGAAGCUAUAUUUUUACAGUUAGUUGAUGAAUUGUUAAAAUGAAGCUUUGCUUGUGAUUUAAGGUGUAUAUUAAGAUGGUUUGUGUCACCACUCAGAAGUAACAGUAAGUUUACUUGGUAGCGCUGACUGAUGUUCCUCCCCUCUCAAGCAAUACAAGAACAACUUAAAAUAACCACUCAUCUAAUCUCAUCGGAUUUUUGUUAAGUAAAAUAAUAGCAUUAGCCUGAGUAACCAGCAGCACAUUUGAGAAAGUUAAGUGCUUGAGUGCAAAGGGCUUGGAGACAUGACAAGGAUCUAAGCUCACAUUUCUCACAAGUAAAUACAAUGCUAUUUGCUGUAAUUAAUGUAAUUGCUUAAGCAUAUCCUUGGAUGUCUCUAUGUAUUUAUGAGCUAAAACAGUUUGGUUGCAGCUAACUAGAAAGACAAGGUCCAUAUGUUCAGUAAAUGCUAAUGAUGCAAUAUACAAAUAUUUGAGCAAUAUUGGUAUUGGGUUAAUUGCCCUUUAGUAAAUUAUAUGAUAAUCAUUUUGGAAAACAAACAUCCUGACAGAAUGAAUUCGAUGAUUUCACAUUCAUGUGCAACUUUCAGUUUACAACUAAACCUUAUGCAAGUAAUAAUUUAUCCAGUGCUAAAAAAAGGUAUGCCAGAUAUACAAAAAAAAUUCAAGAAGUCACAUGACAAAUAAGGAGUUGAUACAUUUAGCUAUAUUAUUCAAGGAAAGAGAUCACCACAAUUCAUAUAAUCUGCUCAGCAGAAAGCAAUAUCUGGGUUAAGAAAAUCCAAACAAUCUAUCAAUUUCUCAUCCACCAUUCAAUUAAAUAUUAACAGGAGCCAUUUUGAAGCUAGAUCACAGUCACUUUUUAUUGCUUUGUUCACUUUGUAAUGAAACAUGUCUGACCGAGACAGAAACAGAAAUUGCUGGAAAUGGUCUGCAGGUUUCGCAGCAUCUGUGGAGAGAAAUCAGAGUUAACGUUUCGGGUCCAGUGACCCUUCCGCAGAACUGUGAUAAUAUGUCACUGUUUAUUGAUACCAAAAAUACAAUGGAGGAGAGAAGUUGCACACAUAUAAUACCUUUGCUGGCCUUAGGAUGUCCUAAUGUGCUUCAUGGACAUAUUUAACUCAACUUAUUUCAAUGCAGUCAGGAAAUGAUAGUUACUUAACAUUCUGCAAGGGUUUACAAACAACAGUGAGAUAAACGUUGAUUGGUUGAAAAUACCCAGGAUACCUCCCAAGGGAUCUUGUGGCGGUGUUCAUAUCCCUGCCUAUGGGGCCAGGAUUCCCAUUUCAAAUCCCAUGUACUCCAGUGGCCUGUAACAAUGUCUUUGAACAGAUUGUCUGGAAAAUAUGUACAGGACAUCUAAAUAAUGUCAUGAAAUCAUUUACAUCAACCAGAAACUGGUUUAACAUCUCAUCCAAGGAUUGGCCCCACCCUGUGCUAACCUGGGAUGACAACCAAAAUGAUGUGCUCUGGAGUAAAACUGAAAACAUACUCUAGAAACAAAGACAAGUUUGGUUCCAGUGAGCUGCAACUGAUUUCUAAGCAAUCUAGUGACCAGUCAAAUCAAACCCAGGCAAGGUAAUGCCGGUUUAUAUUUACUAAAUCCUUCUCCCCCACAAUUAAACACGGAUCCUGAAGCCUGUGACACUGUUUCACUGGUACUAUGGGUUUUCAAACAGGAGUUCCUGACAUCUCCUGAUUGCUAUAUUUUCAGUAUUUGUUCUUGCCAUCUUCUGUUGUUUUGAAUAAAACAUGUUUUUUAUUGAAA